UAUCAACUGAGAUCUUUGUUCUUCUGUCUCUCCAAAUUAUAAACCCGUCUACUUCAAUUCCCAUUCAAACAUGGCUCCUCCGUCCAAGCUCGCUAUUGCAACUGGCGUCGUGACCCGCCUUGUCAAGGAAGAAGCAAGCUACCACAAGGAGAUCGAGCAGCAAGAGGCGCGCAUCAAGAAGGCCGAGACCAGUGAGGGCGACGAUAAUGCUGAGUACACUUUGAGGCAAGAGCGUCAAGCCCUCCAAGAAACUAAGAAUGUUCUGCCUGGCAUGAAGAUCAAGAUCGAGCAGGCAGUGGAGAAGCUGGAGGAGGAGCUGGAGAACAACAAGGAAGGCGGCGGCCAGGCAUCACCAGAGGAAGUCACCAAGGCGAAAGAGGCUGUUGAAAAGGGCAAGGCAGCCAUGCGUGAGGCCGCUUAGACUCAUGACCACUGGAGAGAUAGAUAGUUGAUACUGCAGUUGGACAUGGCACCGCUGUAAAGAAGAUGGAAUGAUACCCUGAACACCGCGCUAUGCAAUCAAAUCAUCAAGCAGACUGCUGUCCAAGCACAAUCACGACUCGUCCAUCUUGAUCUCUGAGCGAUCUUCGCCAUCUUCCUCUCCAUCUUCAAGGUCUUCGCCCUCUUCAAGACCGGAGGAGUCACCAUCAUUUCCAUCUCCUGAGUUCGCCCCCAUAUCU